AUGUCUGCCGUUGUAGGCACUGCCCCAGCUCUGCCGAUCAACCCCGCGGACUGGUCCUACCUAGCCGAAGGCGGCUUCCACAUUAUCCUUCGCUACGACGGCGAGGACCCGGUGCUGUCGGGCCGGAUCCUCAGAAUUGGGAAGAAAGCUCUCGGCCACCAGAAGGAGGAAGGCGGGAAAGAGCCCGCUGGGCCUGCUGCUGCGGUGGUGGUGCCGGACGAAGCUGGCGCGAGGAGAAAGUUUGAGCGCGGCGUGCUUAUCCCGUUGCUCGGGGAGCAAUACGUUCAGCCGGGGGAUGCGGUAACGCUCUCUCGGGAGGACAUAUGGAAGAUCCACCUGAGCAUUGACCACCUGCGUCCGGAGGGGCGCAUCAAGAAGGACAACGGAGACUGGUCUUCGGCCUGUCAACUGGAGCCAGACAAGACGGCCUUCUGGCUCAAGCUUCCCUCUGCACCCUCAACCGCCGGUCCAGCAUCCCCAACAGAGGAUCGCAAGAAGAAGGGCAUCGUCAUCGCGGUCGAGAUUAAGCCCAAGGGGGCGACCAUGCCGGUAGGAACCCUGGUGCCACCCGGAAACAACCGUCUCAAGUACCGCGUCGCGAGGUUCGACGCCCAGCAGAGGUUCAAGGCGCAGGGAAAGCAAUCCUGGGGGUCCAUCGACAGGCCGUGCCUGUACCAUCCCCGGGAGUUGUACUCGGGAGAUGCGGGUCGGGCUGCAGCAACCCUCAAGGAGCUCAUGAAAACGCCACAGAACAAGCUGAGGGCGUGGGAAAACGGAAACAUGCUGUUCGGGGCCGGUUCCGGCAAGGGCGGGGAAGACAUGACGGAAAGUGGCGAGACUGCCGGGGAGGUGGCGCUGGGCAAGGCGGUAGUGGCUGCGAGGCUCGCUGGCGGAGACGGGACACCCGCGGAAGCUCUGAUGGACUUGGUGGGCGAGAUCCUGGCGAAGGAGCCGCUGGUUUCGAGGCUCGUGGCAGCUCAGGCGUUGGACGUCCUCGAGGUCGAGGGUGGGGGUCUCGUCUUCGACAAGCUUGUCUCGCUGUGCGGAGGCUCAAAGGAAGAGGCUCUCAACAUGCUCGAGGCUCAGGAGUCGGAUCCUUUCGUGGCUGAGCCGACAGACAAGGACCUGAUCGUGCCCAAGGCUACCCUCGAAGCGCUGAGGGCGGGUUCGCCCGUGUUAGCCGGGGAAGCGAGCAGCAUUGACACCCUUCACGCCAAGGGGCUGCUUGCCGUAGAGAAACUGGGCGUCAAAGACUGCGUGCAGCUGCUGAGAAGGUACAUCAUCGCCCUCGGCGUUAUGGACUGCAGCGUGAUGAUGUCGCUCAAGUCUAUUCCCGCUGAGCCCGAGGGUGGUUCCGGCGGCGAGGGCCAGCCGUCGGCAGUACAAGGCACGGACGUGGCAGGCGUGUUUCAGACGGGGGGCGGCCGGAGGGUGGCGUACUGCGUCUCGGUGGUGGAUGCCGGGCCGAAGCCCCCGACCAAGCUCAGCGGAAAGGCCAAGCACGAGGCCGAGAUCUGGGACUUCGUGGCCGGGCUGGAAGAAGCCGGCCAAGUCAUAUGA